CAGGCAGCGCCUGGGCAGUUCAUCCCGGGCAGCUGGAGGCACCAACUGGAUGGAGCGGAGCGAGCAGCCGGCACCGGAGGGCGGGGACUUAGGGGCGGGUCAGCAAAGGUCGGCGAUUGUGUCGGGAGGCGAAUCGGACGUAGGCGGCGGCGGGCGGAGCCCACGGCAAGUGAUGUAAGGAGCGGAGGGAGCCCACCGGGAAGGUCCGGGCGACACGCUGAGACCCUAGGGGUGGAGGGCGGGGGAACCCAAUCCCCGCCCUGUUUUCCCCGCCCCUCCCCCCGCCUCCUUUACGUCCCUCCCCCUCCUCCCCUCUGGUUGGAAAGUUUCUAGAAUCUCUUCCCAGCGGCCUUUGCGGUUCCAACAUGGCGGAGCUGACGGUGGAGGUUCGCGGCUCCAACGGGGCUUUCUACAAGGGAUUUAUUAAAGAUGUUCAUGAAGACUCUCUCACAGUUGUUUUUGAAAAUAAUUGGCAGCCAGAACGCCAGGUUCCAUUUAAUGAAGUUAGAUUACCACCACCACCUGAUAUAAAAAAAGAAAUCAGUGAAGGAGAUGAAGUUGAGGUAUAUUCAAGAGCAAAUGACCAAGAACCAUGUGGAUGGUGGUUGGCUAAAGUUCGGAUGAUGAAAGGAGAAUUUUAUGUCAUUGAAUAUGCUGCUUGUGAUGCUACUUACAAUGAAAUAGUCACAUUUGAACGACUUCGGCCUGUCAAUCAAAAUAAAACUGUCAAAAAAAAUACCUUCUUUAAGUGCACAGUGGAUGUUCCAGAGGAUUUGAGAGAGGCGUGUGCUAAUGAAAAUGCUCAUAAAGAUUUUAAGAAGGCAGUAGGAGCAUGCAGAAUUUUUUACCAUCCGGAAACUACACAGCUAAUGAUACUGUCUGCCAGUGAAGCAACUGUGAAGAGAGUAAAUAUUUUAAGUGACAUGCAUUUGCGAAGUAUUCGUACAAAGUUGAUGCUAAUGUCCAGAAAUGAAGAGGCCACUAAGCAUUUAGAAUGCACAAAACAACUUGCAGCAGCUUUUCAUGAGGAAUUUGUUGUGAGAGAAGAUUUAAUGGGUCUGGCAAUAGGGACGCAUGGUAGUAAUAUACAGCAAGCUAGGAAAGUUCCUGGAGUUACCGCUAUUGAGUUAGAUGAAGAUACUGGAACAUUUAGAAUUUAUGGAGAGAGUGCCGAUGCUGUAAAAAAAGCUAGAGGAUUUUUGGAAUUUGUGGAGGAUUUUAUUCAGGUUCCUAGGAAUCUUGUUGGAAAAGUUAUUGGGAAAAAUGGCAAAGUCAUUCAAGAAAUCGUGGACAAAUCUGGUGUGGUUCGGGUUAGAAUCGAAGGGGACAAUGAGAAUAAACUACCUAGAGAAGACGGGAUGGUUCCAUUUGUAUUUGUUGGCACUAAAGAAAGCAUCGGAAACGUGCAAGUUCUUUUAGAAUACCAUAUUGCUUAUCUAAAGGAAGUAGAGCAGCUAAGAAUGGAACGCCUACAGAUUGAUGAACAGCUACGACAGAUUGGUAUGGGUUUCAGACCUUCUUCCACCAGAGGGCCUGAAAAAGAGAAAGGAUAUGCCACUGAUGAAAGUACCGUCUCUUCUGUACAAGGUUCUAGGUCUUAUAGUGGAAGAGGCAGAGGUCGUCGGGGCCCUAAUUACACCUCCGGUUAUGGUACAAAUUCUGAGCUGUCUAACCCGUCUGAAACAGAAUCUGAGCGUAAAGAUGAGCUGAGUGAUUGGUCAUUGGCAGGAGAAGAUGACCGAGACAGCCGACAUCAGCGUGACAGCAGGAGACGCCCAGGAGGAAGAGGCAGAAGUGUUUCAGGGGGUCGAGGUCGUGGUGGACCACGUGGUGGCAAAUCCUCCAUCAGUUCUGUGCUCAAAGAUCCAGACAGCAAUCCAUACAGCUUACUUGAUAAUACAGAAUCAGAUCAGACUGCAGACACUGAUGCCAGCGAAUCUCAUCACAGUACUAACCGUCGUAGGCGGUCUCGUAGACGAAGGACUGAUGAAGAUGCUGUUCUGAUGGAUGGAAUGACUGAAUCUGAUACUGCUUCAGUUAAUGAAAAUGGGCUAGAUGAUAGUGAAAAAAAACCCCAGCGACGCAAUCGUAGCCGCAGGCGUCGUUUCAGGGGUCAGGCUGAAGAUAGACAGCCAGUCACAGUUGCAGAUUAUAUUUCUAGAGCUGAGUCUCAGAGCAGACAAAGAAACCUCCCAAGGGAAACUUUGGCUAAAAACAAGAAAGAAAUGGCAAAAGAUGUGAUUGAAGAGCACGGUCCUUCAGAAAAGGCAAUAAACGGCCCAACUAGUGCUUCUGGCGAUGAAAUUGCUAAGCUACAGCGUACUCCAGGAGAAGAAAAGAUUAAUACGUUAAAAGAAGAAAACACUGAAGAAGCAGCAGUCCUGAAUGGUGUUUCAUAAACUGAAGAAGUUCCUAGUUUACAGUUCUUUUACAUUACAUUUACAAUAGCGCUUGUACAAGCUUGCCAAAGAUAGAAUAUGGAUCGCCAGUCUUUACAUCGCACUUUCAGUUCCUCCAUUUGGAAUUCAGAAAGGGGAGGGAUCCUGAAGAAAUCAUAUGUUAAACAUACUUUGACACCUACUGUGUUAUAAAAUAUAUCAUCAGAUGUGCCUUGAGAAUAGUAUAUGUAACAUUAAAAAAAGUUGCUGGCUA